CUUAGCACAUGCACCACAGUUUGCCGACCCUUUCAGUAGUUAUGUUCUUUGAGGGGACAAAAAUUAUCAUAUAGGAACUCAUAAUUGGCCCAUUUGGGAUUUUCGGUGGUGGGAUGUGAUAGUGUUUGUUUUUGUUGUGCGGAUUUCUUCCACCUUGCUUUAAAGGCUUCCUCCCCAGUCAUCCACCAUCCCUGCAAGCUGUGGAUUAAGCAUAGCUAAGGUUCGGGUGACACCUUGUGGUCGCACUGCAAACGGCAGUCACUUCCCUGGAAGUUCCCAUGAAAGUACAAGCAACCUCCUAGAAGGAUGAACCAAGCAGCCCGGCUGGCUCCUGGGAUAGUUUGCCAGCCCACAAUUGUCGUGUAAUUAUAGUUAUAGUUGUUGAUGAAAUGGGGCGAGAUAAAGCCCAAAGUUCAGCAGCUGUCUCCCAAGGGGACAUCCAAAGGUGGUUCUUCUCCCUAUUUUAAAACAGUAGCAGCUGCAGUUUCCAAAGCCUUCCCGAUUGAAAGCGCCAGCAACAUUUAGUUCCCCUAGCUUGGUUAUAGCCAUUAAUGUCUAAGGAGAAAAGGGGAGCUGGGUACUCUUCUCAUAUAGUCACAAAGGAGAAAGAAGGCAUGGGUGAAGAAGGACCUAACUAUUAUUGAAAGCCAAAAGUUGAAAGCCAGGCAUGAGGACCCAGCACAUCCCUGUGACUUCAGGGCUGAGGAGGCUAAGGCAGGAGACUAAGAAGUCUGAGGCCAGCCUGGGCUAUGUAGUUGAGACCUUGUCUCAGGAAGGGAGGGAGAAGGAGCUCCACACUGGAAAAUGGCGAACAAGGGACUUAAUGGCAAAGCCCAGUAAUUGAAAUGUCACCAUAGCCCUGAGGCAAAUGGAAUUACUCAUUUAUCCGUACAGGUCACACUGUCCCAGGGGUAUUAAACAGUUGUGGGAUAAGUAUUUUGUUCAUCUUUGGUAAAGGGUUGAAGCCAUGAUGCUUUCUGUUCCCCUGCCUCUAGGAAUGUUUCACCCAAACUUCCAAUUCUCUGUGCAGGAAACGAAGGAGAUUCUGUACCUUGAAGGUUCUCAACCACCUGUUUGAAUUGCUGUAAAAGCACAGAGAACUUAAGGUGGGCACCCUCAGCAUGAGCAAAAAGCUGCAUCUGUUGGGGGUAGGUGAGCUGGCAAAUGGUAUGUCCUCCAUGCUGGCCGUUCAGGAAGGAUGUGGGGCUAAGUCUUGGACUGGUACUGAGAGAACAGGAUUCCGAAUGCAAUCGCGACCUGAACCCUUAAGACUGGAGCAGAUACAAAGGUUGGGUUUUGUGGUCUUAAUACUGUCAUCACUCUUCCCGGGUCCCACUCUUCUACGGGAAGAUGGGGUGUAUGGCAGGGUGAAUUAGCUUCCCACAUAUUUAUAUGUAUUUGGAGCUGUGGACGAUGCAGCAAAAAGGGACCUGACCACCUUCCCUCGUGUCACCAAGGCAACUGGCAGAACUGUACGACAGAAAACAGACUAGAGAAGUGCUUCCUCCCAGGUGAAGUGGGGACUUCAUGGUAUUGAAUCCGCGUUGCCUGGCUGACGGUUACCUCUUACUGACCCCACUGUCCUCCAAGCAAUUAAGAGUCCUUGCUAGUGCUGGGCGGUGGUGGCGCACGCCUUUAAUCCCAGCACUUGGGAGGCAGAGCCAGGCGGAUCUCUCUGAGUUUGAGGCAGGUCUGGUCUACAGAGAGAGAGCAAAAAAAAAAUCAAGAACCAAAGAGUCCCUGCUAGCCUUGACCGGGUGGUGGUGGUGGUUGUUGUUGUUGUUGUUGUUUUAAGUUCUGCAAUGGUCUUCACGAUCAGCGUGAUUUCAGUGUGACUUUCUACCUCUCGUGUGUUUUACCAUUAAAGGCUCUGGAAUCGUCUCCAAAAACCUCUUUUAACACUGCCAGGUCUGUUCAGGAAUCUGAAUACUGUCACUGAGACGGAUGCAGGGGCCUCUUCCAGAAAGUGUGUCUGUCCCCAGCACCUGACUCUAGCACAGGAAGAGGCUAGCGUCUCCUCCCUCCCGCCGCCCCCCUCCACCUCGAGGACUUGUCUUCAGGGGCUGUCCAGCAUUAGAGGAAUUGACUUGGGUCUUCACGUAGAAACCAAGAAAAAACGCUGAAGUGGACACGACACUUAAAUACUUAACUAUGGGGAGGGGCUCACUGACUCCUGAUUGGUUUUACAUUUCAACCUUUUUUUUUUCCCCUCCUCUCCCUCUUUUCUGUUUCUGUCUCUGACCCCAGGGGAGGGGAAACGGGAAUAGUGAGAGAUCAAAAAUAAACCUCUUAUGUCAAAGCCGGGAAGGAAGUAUAAAUACGAAAGGCUCGGCAGCCCACUCGGUGCUUCCCGAGGAAGGAGGCGGCUGCCCGGGAGAGCGCGGAGGAGAGCGCUCGCUCGCAGUCCGGGGCGCCAGCUGCUCGAGCUCUGCUAAAGUUGGCUGGCGGGCGCAGGAGGAGCGGGCUGCGCGAACCAGAGGGGCCGCCAGGGGACCGCCGCGCCUGCUGCCGCUCACCGAGUCGGCCUCCCCAUCCGACUGAUCACUUUUCCUGGAGAGAGCGGCCCGGCCGCCUUGGGCCACCAGCACCUGCCUGCGCGCGGCGGCCUUCUUCCCUCUCCCGCGCUCCGCAGCCCUCUGCCCCCAUGCUCCGCGACCCCACCGCCGCCCGGUGGCCGCCCCUCCUGCUGCUGCUCUUGCAGCUGCCGCCGCCGCCGCUCGUCCGCGGCGCCCCGGCAGAGCCGAGAACCACCGGGUCGCAGGCCUCGGAGCUCCUGGUGCCCACGCGGUUGCCGGGCAGCACGAGCGAGCUCGCCUUCCACCUGUCCGCCUUCGGCCAGGGCUUCGUGCUGCGCCUGGCGCCCGACGCCAGCUUUCUGGCGCCCGAGUUCAAGAUCGAGCGUCUCGGGGGCUCGAGCGCUGCGGCCGGGGGCGAGCCGGGGCUGCGCGGUUGCUUCUUCUCGGGCACGGUGAAUGGGGAGCGAGAGUCGCUGGCGGCGGUGAGCCUGUGUCGCGGGCUGAGCGGCUCAUUCUUGCUGGCAGGCGAGGAGUUCACCAUCCAGCCGCAAGGCGCUGGGGACUCCCUGGACCAGCCUCACCGCCUGCAGCGCUGGGGGCCCGGGCAGCGCCGGGAGGACCCCGGGCUCGCCGCCGCCGAAGUCUUCCCCGUCCCUCAAGGACUCGAGUGGGAGGUGGAGAUGGGUGAGGGGCAGGGACCGGAGAGAAGUGACGACGAAGAGGGCAGGGAGCAGGACAAAGGGGGGCUGCGCAAAGAGACAGAAGACUCCAGAGAACUGCCACCACCCUUAAGAUCCAAAACAAGGAGCAAACGGUUUGUGUCCGAGGCUCGCUUCGUGGAAACACUACUGGUGGCUGAUGCGUCCAUGGCUGCCUUCUAUGGGACCGACCUGCAGAACCACAUCCUCACAGUGAUGGCAAUGGCAGCCCGAAUCUACAAGCACCCAAGCAUCAGGAACUCCAUCAACCUUGUGGUGGUCAAGGUGCUGAUCGUGGAAGAGGAGGGCUGGGGCCCAGAGGUGUCGGACAAUGGCGGGCUCACGCUGCGCAGCUUCUGCACCUGGCAGCGGCGCUUCAACAAGCCCAGCGACCGCCACCCAGAGCAUUACGACACUGCCAUUUUGUUCACCAGACAGAACUUCUGUGGGAAGGGGGAGCAAUGUGACACCCUGGGGAUGGCGGACGUCGGCACCAUCUGUGACCCCAACAAGAGCUGCUCGGUGAUCAAGGAUGAGGGCCUGCAGGCAGCCUACACUCUGGCCCACGAGCUAGGACACGUUCUCAGCAUGCCCCAUGAUGAUUCUAAGCCCUGUGCCAGGCUGUUUGGGCCCAUGGGCAAGUACCACAUGAUGGCGCCAUUCUUCAUCCACGUGAACAAGACGCUGCCCUGGUCCCCGUGCAGUGCUGUAUACCUCACAGAGCUCCUGGAUGACGGUCACGGAGAUUGUCUCCUGGAUGCCCCCACCUCGGUCCUGCCCCUCCCCACAGGCCUCCCAGGCCACAGCACCCUCUAUGAGCUGGACCAGCAGUGCAAGCAGAUCUUCGGGCCUGAUUUCCGCCACUGCCCCAACACCUCUGUAGAGGACAUCUGUGUCCAGCUCUGGUGCCGCCAUCAGGAUAGUGACGAGCCCAUUUGCCACACAAAGAACGGCAGCCUGCUCUGGGCUGAUGGUACGCCCUGUGGCCCUGAGCACCUAUGCCUGUACGGCAGCUGUGUGCUCAGAGAGGAAGUGGAGAAUCCCAAGGCUGUGGUAGAUGGAGACUGGGGUCCAUGGGGACCCUGGGGAGAAUGUUCUCGCACCUGUGGAGGAGGAAUACAGUUUUCCAACCGUGAGUGUGAUAAUCCAGUGCCUCAGAAUGGAGGAAGAUUUUGCCUGGGUGAGAGAGUCAAGUACCAAUCAUGCAACACAGAGGAAUGUCCGCCAAAUGGCAAAAGCUUCAGGGAGCAGCAGUGUGAGAAAUACAAUGCCUACAACCAUACUGAUCUGGAUGGGAAUCUCCUGCAGUGGGUCCCCAAGUAUUCAGGAGUGUCCCCCCGAGACCGAUGCAAGCUGUUCUGCAGAGCCCGGGGGAGGAGUGAGUUUAAAGUGUUUGAACCCAAGGUGAUCGAUGGCACUCUGUGUGGGCCGGAUACUCUGUCCAUCUGCGUCCGGGGGCAAUGUGUUAAGGCUGGCUGUGACCAUGUGGUGAACUCACCUAAGAAGCUGGACAAAUGUGGGGUGUGUGGGGGCAAAGGCACUACCUGUAGAAAGGUCUCCGGUUCUUUCACCCCCUUCAGUUAUGGCUACAAUGAUAUUGUCACCAUACCAGCCGGUGCCACGAACAUUGAUGUGAAACAACGGAGCCACCCAGGUAUCCGGAAUGAUGGCAGCUACCUGGCACUGAAGACAGCCAGUGGGCAGUACCUACUCAAUGGCAACCUGGCCAUCUCUGCCAUAGAGCAGGACAUCUUGAUGAAGGGGACCGUCCUAAAGUACAGUGGUUCCAUGGCUACCCUGGAGAGGCUGCAGAGCUUCCAGGCCCUACCUGAGCCUCUCACAGUACAGCUCCUGACUGUGUCUGGUGAGGUCUUUCCCCCAAAACUCAGGUACACCUUCUUUGUUCCCAAUGACAUGGACUUCAACAUGCAGAAUAGCAAAGAAAGAGCAACCACCAACAUCAUCCAGUCAUUGCCCCAUGCAGAGUGGGUGUUGGGGGACUGGUCUGAGUGUCCUAGCACUUGUGGAGGGAGCUGGCUUCGGCGGACUGUGGAAUGCAGAGACCCCUCGGGUCAGGCCUCUGACACCUGUGAUGAGGCUCUGAAACCGGAAGAUGUCAAGCCCUGUGGAAGCCAACCAUGUCCCCUAUGAUCCCCUUGGUGGAAAUGUCUUAGGCUCAUGGACGUGGGCUACUGGGGUAUAUAGACAAGGGUCCCCUCUGAGGUGAUACUAUCAAGAUGGCUUGGCCCUUCCAGGCCUCCUGUUACUACAGCCCUUUGGGUACUGCCUAAUUCAUAAGGAAGAGGAGAAGAGGUUAUGAGGGUAACAGAUCCUGAAGUUGACUGUCCAGUGGACUGGACCUUGCUUAGGUUCAAGUAGAGGGUAUAAGGUAAAAGGUAAAAGUGCACUUAUCGAUCCAAAUGGGAGACUUCAGAGCCAGCCUUUUUGCAAAGGACUUGGCAAAGUUAAGUGAAAAAGAAGAAUUUUUUUUUCUAUUUGGUUUCCCCAAUAAUCAAUCUACCUCACAGUGAGGGGGAGUCAGUAUAUGAGAGGUAUGAGGCCAGGCGUUAUUGGUGAUGUCAAAGCAAGCUCCGAGUUAUCUUCAGAAAUGAAUAUCUUCAGUGUUAAAAGCCAGUGUCUAAAGGGUGGUGGUGUCCAUACCGGGUUCUAGGGGGCCACUUGUUCUCAGGCUGCUGCCUGCUGAGGUGGACCCCAUUUCAACUAUUUAUGCAAAUAUGUCUCUAAACUAAACUAAAGUGUGAUCUUAUGCCA